AUGCAGUACGUUGGGCGUCUCGUUUCGAGCGUGUACAACUCUGUGCCCUCCAUCAAUCCCGCAACUCUCAGUGGGGCCAUCGACAUUAUCGUAGUGGAGAGGCAAAUCGAGACAGAAGAGGAAGUGGAAGAUGAUGGGAGCAGUGAUGGACCUCUUGGAUCUGGCAUUGCUGCUGCGGGUCCCUCGAGACCGGCGCAGAAGAAGAAGAGGAAAGUGCUGACCACGGAGUUGAGCAGGUGAGUCUGGCCUGUGUCGGGUUGGGCUUUUGUGCGCACCGAGCUGAGUCCCACCCGCACCACGUUUCCUUGUACGCUACGCAGCACUCCUUUUCACGUGAGAUUUGGAAAGAUGUCGGUGUUGCGGCCUGCGGAGCGCAAAGUCACAUUGCACCUCAACAACUCUGCCGAUCCCCUCCCAUUCGCAAUGAAGGUAGGCGAAGCCGGCGAGGCUUUCUUCGUUUUGGAGCUGAACGAUGAGGAAGCUCAAGGCGCCAUACCAGACGAUCUAGUCACAUCACCCAUUCUCAGCCCAGCUACGAGUCCCGAUUUGGCCGGAAACGAGCUUGACGGGGCUGAGAGCGGAGCGGUGGCGCAAAGUCCCAUAGAGGCAUUGGAUCUAGGUGCUAGUGUCACGAUGGAGGCUGAGGCGGCCACCUUGAGUGCGGCCGAGGACGAUGCUCAGUCUCAAACAACUACAAUUCAGAGCAACGAAACCGCAGAUACAGGUAUCACCAUCCCAAACUCGUCCGGAACAUCUACCGCGAGCGCGGAGAAGCGUGGUCAAAGUCCUGCAAGGGCCGACGCCUCUGGUGAUCACGGCGUGAACCCUGAAGCGGCAGAUGCAAAGGGGACAAGCGACAAGUCGUUGGACUCUGGAAAGGGUGGAAGCGGCAGGGCUGGAGCGCACAGCACGCUAGGCCAGGUAACGAAUGCGGCGGCCAAGGCGGGAGGAGCGUUGGGCGCAGCAGGCAAAGCUGUUGUCGCGCCGCUCAGUGGCAGUAAUGCCAAGUUGGAAUCUGUGCGCAAGCGUCAGGAGCGCCAGGAGCCCCACGAUAGCGCUCCAUUAAGCCAAGAGGAGAGCGGAAGCUCUGCAAGUCCGUGGCAUACGACGGGCGAACGAAGCGAUGGCAAGGAGAGGUUGCAGCAGCAAGACGACGAUGCGCCACCUGAUCCUCCGAGCACCAACGACACCGAGACAGAGAAGCUCGAGCAAGUGCUCAAGAAGAGAGCAGAGGGCCUUGUGCAGCAGGUCAAAGCUGCAGCUGACGAGGAGAGCUUUCGAGCGCCGUCAGAGACGCCAAAUGCAGCAGACGAAAGGGAAGAGGCGUAUCCAGCACCAUUUGAUGCAAUUGCUGGCGGGGAUGACGAUGCGUCUGAGGGCAAAGGACUGAGAACCCGGCCCACGGCGCAACUUGAUCAUGCUGACUAUCUUGGCGGGGAAAGGAUGCCCCGCAUUAAGACAGGCACCGAAGACGUCGACCUGAGUGCAAGCGGCGUCGACCCUUCCACUCUCAGAACCCAGCUCGACCAGCAAAGGCACAUUCAUCGGCACGAAGGUACUGACAAAGAAGAAGUUGAAGCAGAGGCAGGCGAAGUCAGAGAAGAGAAUGUUGCUGACAAGCCACCAGGAAGUCCAAGGCGCAAAGAGGACUUGCAGUAUAUGCUGGACAUGGAUGGCUACCAUAUGACCUCUGACGGCGAGAGCCUCGCGUAUUCUGAGGCUCAGCGACUCGCAAAAGAGGUUCCUCUGAGCAAGAGACACGGUGGCGCCGGCCGACACAGCGCGGAUCUUUUCCAUCAUGAUAGAUCACAGAGUACGGAACUUUUGCGCAAGGCAGUCGCAGAGGGCUCAAGACCUCGCAGUGCCAGCCGUGCUUCGGUAACGGAUUCGGUCACGAACAGCGAUGGUGACAGCACCAGCAACCCUGCCAAGAUGUUCCGGCGCGGUUCACACUCAGGCGCUUCAGAGCCGAGAGUAUCGGGGGACGCCCAAACCAUUCUGGGCUUCCGGAACGAGAGCUCAUCUCUUGGAGGUGACUUGGAGGACUCGCUCAACAGCGACCAACUGAGUCUAAGCCGAGACUUGGUGCGGCUGACCAGGAUGAUGAGAUCCAAAGAUGAUCCUGUGGACGAGGCCCACUUUGACGAUCCUGUCCCAAGGUCGGACGCUCGGACGCCAAGACCUGCCAGAAACAGAGGCCCGAGCAAGACUGUGCGGCGGCACUUCCAGGAUACAUCGUUGAGUGACACGGAAGCCGACGCGCCGAAUUGGUCUUCGAAUACGGACUACCGAGCUCACCAACGCGCUACAAGGGCGGACACGGAAUUUGGCUCGAAGCCUGAGCGCAGUGCGCCCAAUGAUCAAGAUCGCUUCCAGUCCUCGGACUACGACUGGGAGUGGGGUCAGAUACCAAAGGUGCACGACAGACCUCGAGCGCGCGUGACAAGUCUGGAUGCGGAGGAUGUGUCGUCCACCUCACGUGCCCGCGGAAUCGAUCUCGAAAGAGGGGACCUGGCAGACGACGGUUUCGCUCCUACGGUGGGCAGGCUAACAGCGACCGAUGAAGCGCCGUACGACUUUUGCCUGGUGCUCAACGAUGCCUCACAUCGAUUUGAGCUGUCACUAUGCUACCACGAGGGCUUCGAUAUUGAGCGAACGACCCACGUGGCUGGCGCCACUCGCGAUGAGCCGCAUGUCGACGUAGACGCCGAACUUUUCGACGAGAAUAGAGUCAGCUUCCAGCGAUUCAUGGGUGAUCCAGACAUUGUCAACGACGAACGCUUGGUCGUCAGGUACAAUGAAAGGUUUAUGACCUGGGAGAAUGCUUCUGCGGUGCUGGCGACCCUUUCCCUCUGCCGCAAGACAAUGUCUGCAGCCCUUCUUGCUGAUCAAGCGGCCAGGACAGCUGGCACCAGCGCAGAUGCGCAGGCACCGCCACAAGCUGGUGAGCGAGCUAGUGUUUGGAGCAGGCUAUGGAACCGCAAGCGCACUACGGCCAGUGCAGCAGAUCUGGAAGCAGUCCAAAGCGCGAGUGCUGCAAGUGAAGACCAAGCCUCUCUUCAAGGUGGAUCGCUACGAUUCCCACCUGCUCCCCUCGACCGAUCACACACAGACUCCGAACUUGCGAGUGGCCCUGCCGCCGUCAAGCCCUCGGACGUGGGUAACGAUGCAGCUGGUCCGGCCAUACCGAUGCCAUCUCGUGCGCCAAAAGUGACGCACAAGACCUACGCCAAGACUCUGAGACUGAGCUCGGAUCAGCUCAAGUCCCUGAACCUGCGGAAAGGCGCAAACAAGAUCACCUUCUCCGUCACCUCGAGCUAUUCUGGUGUCGCGACCUGCACAGCACGUAUUUUUCUAUGGGAAGCUAGCCAUCGCAUCGUCGUCUCUGACAUUGACGGAACCAUCACGAAAUCUGACGCACUCGGGCACGUGUUCACGAUGAUUGGACGCGACUGGACACAUGUGGGCGUGGCAAAGCUAUAUACGGACAUUGCCCGCAAUGGCUACCGCAUCAUGUACCUCACGAGUCGCGCUAUUGGGCAAGCUGACGCGACUCGCGACUACCUUCGUGGCAUUCGACAAACCAAUUAUCAGCUACCAGACGGACCGGUAAUCAUGAGCCCUGAUCGGCUCAUUGCUUCUCUACACCGCGAAGUGAUCCUGCGCAAACCAGAGGUUUUCAAAAUGGCUUGCUUGAGGGAUAUAGCUCGCCUUUUUGGACACGAUCCGCGCGCGACUUCGACGGCCGCAAAGGACCUCAGACCCGGGGCUGUCGAGAAGAGUUUUCCGGGUGUUUCGCAAGCGUCUAUCGACCUCGCGACUGGAGACGCGACUGCGGCUGCAAGUAGUCCUUCUGAAGGUGCAGCAACAGCCAGCGAUACUCCCGCGACCGGAACGUUACAGCAGACCUCGGUAACAGAUCAGGGGCCCAAUUUGACUGUCUCGAUGUCGCCCUUCUACGCGGGCUUUGGCAACAGGAUCACCGAUGCGUUGAGCUAUCGAAGUGUCAACAUUCCCAGCUCUCGCAUCUUUACCAUCGACUCCAAUGGAGAGGUAAAGAUGGAGCUGCUCGAGCUUGCAGGAUACAAGUCUUCGUGAGUGAUGAGAACCGAAUUCUUAAGUAAUGGAGCGCCCGCUGACCCCUCUUGGAUCCCAAAUGCCUAGGUACAUCCACAUGACUGAUCUAGUGGACCAAAUGUUCCCGCCCAUUACAGUAAAGUCGGAGGCAGCUGCGAUCAAGCCAGAGUACAACGACUUCAACUUUUGGCGCCCAUCUCUGAGCACAUUUGAGCUGCCUCCAGACGAUGAGCUCAUGCCCACGCCACCAGUCUCUCCCGCGCUCUCGGCAAGAAGCGGACGAAGUGUGCGCAGCAAUGCUAGCUUGAGGAGCGCGACCACAGAUACGGUGACUGCGAAGCCUGAUGAAGAGCCUCGACGCAGGAGUCGAUUCGGUCUGGGCAGUCUGGGACUCAGCAGAAAAGGUAGCGCUCAGACUAUUGAUGUGCCCGAUCAGACCAGCACUAGCUCCGCCAAAUCGCAAGCUGCUUUGACGAGCCCUUCUGCGCCGGACCUUACAGCGUCGACUGCGGACGGUGCACGAAUCCCACAACGAUCAGAGUCGGACCCUGAUGCGGCAGCAGCUGCUGCUUAUGGCACGAGCCCCACAGGAAGCUCGUACGGAUCAGGCGCCAAUUCUUCUUGGAUAGCCCCGUGGAGAAGACGCAGAGCAGCGUCGCCCGGCGAAACAUCUGGAGGAGCGAGUGCCACUUCGCCGCUCGUGGGACCCGUCAUCACUGCCGAACCGGAUUCGGAUGAGGAGAAUGUGGCGAGCGAUGAUGAUGAUGUCAGCGUAUUUGGCGAUGGACAAGACUUGUCAUCGAGCAAGCAGAGACGGGACGAGGAAGAUGAAGGGGAAGAUGAUGAGGAAGAAGACGAGGAUGCGGAUAGCAACGACGAAGAGCCGAUCAGCGGUCGCGAGGGUGCCAGAAGACGCGAUCGAGCAAGAGGUGGCAGGGAUGAGGAGGUCAUUGAUGAUGAUCUGCUGGCUGGUGGCGAGAUCCGCUUUGAUUGGAGAUAG